AUGUCGCCCACAGAACCAGGCUCAUCGGCAACCACCUCCGACCCAGCAAAUGUCGCUACUGUGCAUGCGACGGUUAGUGAAUAUGAUGCCAAGAGCGAACCGCCCCAAGCGGGGCAGCCGUCGAGCGCAAACAAUUCGACCACUGCGACUGCUACUGCCAGCAGCUAUCCAGCGCCAACAGCUGUAGUACCCCCUGAAGAGCUCGUCGCGGAAGAGGACGAGACGAUCGAGGCAGCCGAGAGCAGUGUCGACAGUGACGAAUUCGAGCCAUCAGAAUGGGGAGACGAUGGGGGCGCGUCAACCGCAUCAACAUCCGUCAACUCGAGCAUAUACGCGCACACGUACGAAAAUGGCCGGAGAUACCACAGCUAUAAAAAUGGAAGAUACCCGAUACCGAAUGAUGAUCAGGAGCAGAAUCGUGAAGACAUGAAGCAUGUGAUGAUGUUGGAGAUGACCGAUGGAAAACUAGUAUACGCUCCUGUAGGAGAUUACCCACAAAAGAUCAUCGACAUUGGCACGGGUACUGGCCAGUGGGCUAUAGAAGCCGGUGAUAAGUUUCCGAGUGCCGAGGUUUUGGGCAUAGAUCUGUCACCUAUACAGCCCGUUUGGAUACCACCGAACGUCAAAUUUCUCAUCGACGAUUGCGAAGAGGACUGGCUCAACGGCGACAAUUAUGAUUUAGUACAUUUACGUUUUAUGUCGCCAGUACUGAAAAACGUACCAAGAAUGUGUCAGCAGGCUUUCACUAAUCUGAGACCUGGCGGCUGGAUUGAAUUUCAGGAGUUGCAUGCGUGGCCACAAUGCGACGAUGGUACCAUGCCACCUGAUGACCCUGUGGCUGCGUUUUAUAAGCUUGUUGUAGAAUCGUUCGCUAAGCUUGGCCUUGACAUCCACGCACCGGCAAAGCUGGACAAGUCUCUGGCGGAUGCAGGGUUCACAAAUGUGCAGUGCGUGGUGAAGAAAGUGCCCAUUGGUAGCUGGGCUAGAGACCGACGUCUGCGGCUGAUUGGUCAUUACCUGAAGCUGGUCAUCCAGGAUUUUCUACCAGCGCUAGCGAACAAACCGUUUGCGGCACUGGGCUUGAAUCAAGUCGAGCGGGAGUUGUGGAGGUCGGCAGCCUUCAAGGCUCUCGAUGAUAUGUCUGCACAUAGAUACUGGAACUUCUACUUCUGGUCUGGCCAGAAGCCGCAGUAG